AUGAAUGAUUUAGAUUCAGUUUCAAAUUUUCCUUCAUUUAAUCUCACCGAACAUCAACAUGAACAUCCAAUAUAUAGUUCAACACCACUUGUAGUAGUUGAGAAACCACCUUCAUCAUCAACUUCAUCUAGUUUUUUUCUACCCUUAACAGAGAAUACAUGUAAUAAUGAUCAAUUAAUAAAAUUAAAUGAAGAUCUUUGUUUACUUGGUCUAUUUGAUUUUGUUCCAAAAACAUUAAAUAUUGAUCAAACAUUAUCGGCUUGUCGUCAACUAGUAAAAAAUUAUAAUAAACUAUCACAUGAUAAACAUAUUCUACAUGAAAAAUUAAAAAAAUAUGAAUCCGAACAAGUUAAAUAUGAAAAACGAGAAGAUAUAACAAAAAAUAAUGUUGAUCAUCUUGAAUUAACAAAAGAACGUUUAUCUGAUAAUAUUCAGACAUAUGUAACAAAAAUAAGUAAAUUAACACAAACAAUUCAAACAAAAGAUAAAGAAAUUAUUCGAUUAAAUCAAAUAUUUGCUCAACAAAGUGCAUCAGCUAAACAUCAAUAUCGAACAUUAGAAAAACAAUUAGAUAAAUUUAAAGAAAGAAUUUUAAAUCAUGAAAAAAAUCGACACACGAUGUCAACAAUUGAUUAUUCAUGGCCAUUAUUUCUAAAUGAAUCAAUUCCAACUGCAUUAUCCUCAUCUUCUUCUUCAUCUGAAGUCUUAUUAAAAAAAAUUUGUUAUGAUUAUGAUCAAAAACAUCGUUUAUUAAUGAUCGAAAAUGAUCAAUUACGUCAAUGUGUUAUUGAUAUUAAUAAUCGACUUAAACAUUUAUUACUUAUACAUCGACAUCCAACAGAUAAUUUUAAUGAAAUUUUUAAUGAUGAACAAUCAUUUGAAACACAAUUAAUGCAUUUACCAUGUCAUGCUGUUACUGAAAUAGUUCAACGUCAUUUUUUAAAAAUCUACGAUCAAAUUGAUCGAUAUUUAUUAUAUGAAAAAGUCUUAACACUUCCAUCAGAAUAUAAAGAAAUUAAACAACAAACAAGUGUACAUGAUCAUUUUCUUGAAUCUUAA